GGUAGAGAAGGUAAAGCGAGUUUGCUUUCACUAGUGAAGACUUUCGAUUCGGUUCUGGCUGCUUAUGAAGGCUUCUGCAACCUGAAACAGGUGGAUCUGAAGCUUAAGGUCUGUAGAGGAUCACCAGUUCGUAAAGUCCUAGCUCAGGAAGUAAAAUCAUGUGGAGCAACGAGUUUAAUUGUCGGAUCUUCUGUAGCAAAUCACACAAUUCGAUCCAGGACAUCAGUUGCAAAGUAUUGUGCAAAGAAUCUCCAAAAAAACAUCUCAGUUAUCUCUGUUAAUAAUGGCAAGAUCAUGUUCCAAAGAGAAGCAACAACUUUGGCAGGCCCAGAGUCAAAAUCCAAACAGAGGAAAACUAUGGGAAAAAGUCCUUUGAGUUUACCACCUGAGAGAGUUUUGUCAUCAUCUAGAAGUGAAAAUGAGCACGAUUCCAUGGCGUUGGUUCCCUUCAAGACUCGGGAAAUGCCCGAGUCAAGGUCUGGAUGGACACUCCUCCGAAGGGUCUUUUUCCAUAAUGGAAAAGUACCGGAAACUCCUUCUCCUAAGAAGUCAUCUGUAAUGCAAUGGAUGUUGAAACUACCAAGCCGUCAAUCUGUAACUGCUAUUUAUCCUGAUCAAAAACAUAUUAAUGCGUCAAGUAAGGAUGAGCGUCAUUGUACGGAUUUGGACACAGAAAAGGGUGCAAUUAUACCGUAUGUGGCUGGCAAUACUUCUGCAUCUGAUUUUUCUAAAACUGCUUCUAGAGAACUUGAAUUUCUUGUGCAGAAGUACUCG